AUGAAACCCUUCGCUCUCUCUCUCUCUCUCUCUCUCUCUCUCUCUCUCUCUCUGUACUCCCAAUAUCUACUUCUCUUUAACUCUCUCCGUCCCAAUCUCAUUUUCUGUUUUACUCUCUUCGUCCCGAUCUCUCUCUCUCUCUCUCUGUUUUACUCUAUCCGUCCUUAUCUCUCUCUCUCUCUCUCUCUCUCUCCUUCUGAUUUACUCUCUCCGACUCUAACACUCAUUCUUUUUACUCUCUCCUUUCCUAUCUUUCCUCUUUUACUCUCCCUGUCACUAACACUCAUUCUGUUUUACUCUCUCCGUCUGUUUUACUCCCUCUGUCCCUAUCUCUCCUAUUGUUUUACUCUCUCCGUUCCUAUCCCUCCUUCCGUUUUACUCUCUCCGACCCUAACACUCAUUCUGUUUUACACUCUCCGUCCCUCUCUCUCUCUCUUAAUGCUCCUCCUCCUUAUCUCACUUUCUGUUUCCCUCCCCGGCGCUCAACACAGUAAUCUAAUAUUUGAUUGGCGCAGCGCCUGUCAGUUAAGCGAAGAGAAGACACGUAAAAUUGACGGGGAAAAAGAAAUAAAGCGAGAAAAAGAAUUGAGAGCAUAA